AUGAAAACGAAACCCGUGAAAAGCCUGGAAGUCACGGACGGGCACUUUGACGGCUCUCGGUUACCGCGAGUGGAACACUCCGCGAACACCGGUGAACAAUGUCGACCAACGACAUCGUCACAGGACCACGGCAAAAGCCCGAAACGUCCUAAAACCACGGCGACGGGCGUCACCAAACCGCGAGGUUCUCAUCCUCGAAGGAAAAUCGAGCAGACGGCUGAAAAUCGCACGUAUCGAUUGGCCGAGAAAAUACGCUUAGCGUUUAAACAAAACUCGCUUGUGAUGAAAAAAACGUACGAAAUCGAAAUCUCCGCAGCUCUCGCGGAAUUUCUGGCCGCCAUGGACGGCUGCUUAUACAUCCGAAGGAAAUGUAACGUCUCGAAGAUUACGUUAUCGAUUUCCAGCGGUAAAUCCAGCAAAUGGAAGUUGACAAUCGACAGCGCGGACGAGAGCCGUAUAGACGAAGUUGUGGAGCAAUUGAACAAGUUGUCCAGUUAUAUGGAGUCUGGCGGAAAAUCCGUCUAA